AUUGAAUUUUGUUGUGCUUCGGUAGAAAACAUUGUGAGCACGUGGAUUGUUGGUAUUUUAAUUAUUGAGCGAAAUUUGUUAGUAGUAUAUAUCAGUUAAAUUGUAUUUUGCUGCUUUUGGUUUUCUUAUUUAAGAAGUGUUUACUUUCGCACUUGGAUCAAUAAAUUUGCUGGUAAAAGUGGCUUAUUACAAUGGCACCUUGUCGUCAGCUACUUAUGUGGUCAGUCCCAUCAAUAGCUGUUUUAUUGGGAAUUUUUUGGUUCAAGAAAAAGCGAGAGUAUGCAAAAUCUGACCCCGGUGGAAGAGAAAGGAUAAAAAGCUUAAGAGAUGAAUUAGCAGAGGCUUUAAAUGCUGAAGCUGAAAUAAUUAAAUCCUCCCCAAUAUGCAAAAUUGAGCGUUCUAUUAUAAAGUCUUCACCUAUUGAUAUAAUUCCAAAUGGUAGUGGAUCCCAAAGAUCCUCUCCACUGGAAAUGACUGAUGAGGAAGUGGAUCUAGAGAUAGAAAAAAUUAUUAAAAAGAAAUCUCUUUCUAAAGAGAAGAUAAUGUCACUAACUUCAGAUAAAAAAACAGAAGAUCUUAGUCUCAGGAAUGAUUGCAUUAUUGUUAAAGAUUCUCAAUCUAAUAUCUAUGCAUCUUUUAAAACUGAAAUUAGAAAUAACACUAUUGAUAAUGUUAGUCAAAGUUCAAAUGAUGAUGAUGCUAAUUAUUUAACAGAAGACGUGUCUAUUUAUUCUGAACAUAACACUUCACAUCCAGGUAGUGUUAUAUCAGUAGCUGUAGUAUCCGAAAAUAAUGGAACUGAAGAGAAAACUACAGCUGACAGUGAAGACUUACAGCUUAAUGAAAGUAAUGAUAAUGUAGUUGAAGAAUCUAGUAAUUGUAAUGAACCUAGUGAUAGUGCUAAUAGGUUCUCCUUACCACAAAAUAGAAGAAUCUCAGAAAGAGAUUCAGCAAAUCAUAGUCCAGUUGAUCCAAUGCUGGCUAGUCCAUCUAUGUGUCACUUCUCAGACAGUCACAGUGAGGGUUCAAGUGAUAGUGGAAAAGGUUGUUCUGAAGCAGCCAGUCCACCUCCUGCAAAUAUGAAUAUUGUCACUUCUGAGACUGGAUUGAGAAUACACCAAUUUAUAAUUCCACAAACUUUGGUUGGUCUAUUAAUAGGAAAAUAUGGUUCAUUUGUAACUAAAAUUAAAGCAAAAACAGGUGCAACAGUUUAUGUAAGAAGACAUCCAGAUUUAGUUAAACAAAAAAUUUGUGCAGUUGAAGGUACUGAGCCUGAAAUUGAAGCAGCUUUAGAAAUGAUUAAAGAAAAAUUCCCUGAAAAGAGAUUCCCAAACUUUACUACUCAAGAAAUUAGUGCUGAAUUAUAUCAAAGACUGAGUCCUUUAGUACCAGAAUUUCUUCAAUUGCAGCUUGUGGAGUCUGUAAACAAUGACACAAUAAUGACGUGUCUGGUGAGUGCGGGGCACUUCUUCCUACAACAGCCGCUGCACCCCACCUUCCCUUCCCUGCACGCGCUGCACCGCCUCAUGGCCGCCACUUACCAGAAUCCGGACGUGCCGGCGUUGCCACGGCCAGUGAAAGAGAGCUCUAUCUGCGCUGCACCAACUGAAAACAACUGGUACCGCGCGCAAAUCAUAUCUACAUCAGAGGAGAAUGACACAUCUGUAGUGAAGUUGGUUGACUUUGGCGGUUACCUCACCGUUGACAACGACCAGCUUAAGCAGAUUCGUUCAGACUUUAUGACACUGCCCUUCCAGGCAACGGAGGCUCUACUAGCUUUUGUGAAGCCUGCCAAUGAUGAGGCUGAAUGGAGCGGCGAGGCGCUGCGCAUCAUGGCGGGGCUGACAGCGGGACAGUUGCUGCACGCGCAAGUCGCUGGCUACGACGAGGCGGGCCUGCCGCUUGUGCACCUCUACCUCACGCUCAAUCCUCAGCAAGUAAUAUUUCUAAAUAGAGAGUUGGUGGACCGCGGCCUGGCGGAGUGGGACAUCCCGCCGGACUCGUGAGCGCCUUCCUCAGCCAUCACGCAACGAAUAAUAUGAGAUUGCAUUUCUUUUCUCGAAGUCACUAUAUGGAGCCAACUCAUCGGAAGGCGAGGAAAAGUGAUCUUGCAUUAUGAGUCGCGUACAUCUUACGUUCCUCAGUUGGAUUGGCACUCGUCGAGUAAAUUAAACUAUUCUCCGUGAUCUAUCGCAUCUUGUUGUGAACAUUUAUGAAGUAGAACUUAUUUCAUAUGUUAUAUUUAUAUUUUAGUGUUGACUCGUUUCGAUACAAGAAUAACUAUCGACUGCUGUAUAUCGUUACUAGUUCAUAUAUCUGUGGACAGAUUUAUUUAUGUCUAGACUCCCACAAUUUACACUUAAAAGUAUAAUACGCUUAUGAAUGAACAUUUUAUAGUAACGACAAAUACUGUUUUAUAGGUAAAUUAGAAGUUAUUAUUUGGCGCUUACGUAAGAUUAUAAUAUUUUUGCGUUUUUAUAGAACAUUUUGUUGUAAUCUUAUUAAGAGUUGGUCAGGAUGCUCAUUAUAAUACAUAAUAGCACUGCCAUUUGCAUUUUAUUACAAAUUAUAUCAUUGAUUAAUUCAAUAUUUCUAUAGUAAUUUUUCAUGUGCGCAGUGCCAAUGAAAAUCAUAUAAAAUUGACCUGGAUUUAUGUCAUAUUGUCUCGUCGAUUUCGCCUUGCAUGGUGGCCUUUUAAAAUAAAAGAAUCCUAAAAUUCAGUACUGAAAUGUAUAUUUUAGAAUAUUAGUUGUCAAUUAAACUGUAAAUGACUUUGUAAAUUUUGAAUAUUCGAUUGUGUGCGUAAUAGUACGAAACAGUUGUUAUUUGCAUAAAUUAGUUGACUGCGAUUAUUGUACACUUAUUUGUGCACAGUUAGUAUUAAAAAUAAAUUAUUGUUAAAUAUAUUGUAAACUAAAACGUACAAUGUACCAUUGAAUGUUUGCGCCGCGCGUAUAUUUGGAGUAAUUCAAUGAGAUUCAUAAACUUCAAUUUGUACAGAUUAAGUAACCUUUGUUACAUAAAACUAUUUACAAACAACUUGGCAUACAAGUUUGCGUUACUUAAUUUUAUGAUAUUGCUGAUUGAGAGUAAAUGGGUAAAUUUUUGUUGUAAUGAGCAUGUAUUAUAUGAGCACUAUUCCUGACUUUAAUAUAGUGGUAUUGUACAUAAUAGAAUGUUUAAGUAGUUUCUAAAAGAAAUUUGAUAUUUGUUUGAAAAAUUAAUUCAGUAUUUUUAAAUGUCGGAUAAAUUAGGUGUUAUAUUGAUUUGAAUCUUG